GCGGUGUGGAAGCGCUGACAGGGCUGGGCGUGCACUGCCGCGCCAUGGCGGCGCGCGGCACCUUCCGCUGCAUAGAGUGCAACGGGGAAGCGACGGAGCUGUACCGGGACUACCAGCGCGGGGUGCUCCGUAUCUCCAUCUGCAAAUCCUGCCAGAAACCUGUGGAUAAAUACAUUGAGUAUGAUCCUGUUAUCAUCUUAAUUAAUGCUGUUUUAUGCAAAGCACAAGCAUACAGGCACAUUCUGUUCAAUACAAAGAUAAAUAUUCAUGGGAAGCUCUGUGUAUUUUGUUUGCUCUGUGAAGCUUAUCUCAGGUGGUUGCAACUACAGGAUUCGAGCCAAAAUACAGAUCCUGAUGACUUAAUCAGAUAUGCCAAAGAAUGGGACUUUUAUAGAAUGUUUGGCAUAGCUUCUUUAGAACAAACUUCAUUUUUCAUUGGCAUUUUUAUCACCUUGUGGUGGAUGACACCUGAGAUGCUGAAAAGAAAGUCUGACUUCAUUUUACUUCUCAAAGCACUGCUGUUGUCCACCUAUGGAAAGCUUCUGCUAAUUCCAGCUGUUAUUUGGGAGCAUGACUACACACCUUUGUGCCUUGCAUUUAUAAAAGUGUUUGUCUUGAUAUCAAACUCUCAGGCAAUUAGAGUUACAUUGAACUUGAACCGAAUACUCCCUUGGUUUGCCAUCUUCUUUGGAUUAAUUUUGGAAAAUGGUGUGGUCUGCUUGUUCCAGAAAAUGGGAUGGGAUGUUUGAAAUGUCAGCCCAGUGAAGAAAUACCAACAACAUGGUGAUCAUUUUCUAAGAAUGAUCUCUGAUUAGAAGUUUGGCUACUUGCUGUGCUGAGCCAUAAAACUUCAGCCUUAGGUUGUUUAUUUUCCCAUUAAAAAUAUGAACGUCUCACUAUCCUAACAGUUUUAUGAAUCUGGCUGCAUAGAUGUGGCUGUAAGGAGAAAGAUACACUAAAAAACCCAGCUCUGCUACCAAUCAGUGCAUUUUGGCAGACAGAGGAGGAUGAAUUGCUCCCUUAAGAGGAAGGGAGUCAGUGGAAAAAUGUAAAAGCCAAAAUUUAUAUUUCCACAUAAUGCAUAAUUUUCAAAGACAAAAAUGAACAUUUGCAAAUAGUUUAUUAGAGAAAAGGCAAGUAUUCCAGAGUGAAACUACAAUGGGAAAACCAAGCUGCAUUCUCUGGAAUGUUUGUGUAACAAUCCAAAAUAAUAAAAUAUCUAGUUCUAGAGUGAUCUCUAGGAAUGAUAGGUUUAAACUGGCUUGAAAUUUUAGGUGAUCUCAUAAAUACUUGACAUUUAGUGUGAUCUCAUAAAUGCUUCUUUGUUCUGAAAGCUGAAGAGAGGGUGAAAGGACUGACCCCAACAUGCAGGGUUGUUUGGGAUACUGCUUCUUCUGCAUUUAACUCAUAUCUCCUCCCCCCAGUCCUCAUCUGGCUGUACAUUUAGCAGAAGCAAAAACUGAAACAUGAGGCCAUUCAGCAAUAGAAUAGCACUUUAGAAAUAAACGAACAAACAAAAAUGUUCAGGCCUAACUUAAUGAAGAAACAUUUAUAGAAGUUCUGCACCUUCUUCCACAGCAGGCAAAAGGAGAGCUAAGUGACCCACAAAAGAAUUGACAGAAUCAGUUUCCACAAGACACAAUAAGGACACAAACCCACUUUUGUGCAGACCAGUUUCUAUUCGUUCCAUCCAAUAUUUAACUCUCCUGCUUGAGUUCUGGAAGGCUGUACUAUCCAUAGGGAUUACUUCCAUUCUUUGUUUUCCUCAGUUGCUAUCUCAUGUCUUGUGCUUUCCAGAAUGAAUCAAAAAACAUUUUGCAACAUCAAGUUGCAAAUUAACAUUCAAGUUAAUCCCCAACAGGUUUAGAGUAAGUCUAGAUUAUGACCACAGAAGACAUCAAAUGUGUUUGUCUGAUGGAACUGCCCAUGCUAUGCAAGUUACUUGAUCAAAAUAGCAAAUGGUUGCUCAUUAUUUUAUUAAAUCAAAGGCUGACAGCAGUUUUGUUGUUUGUUACACUUUGCAACUUUCUGAGCAUGUCAGAGAAGGCAAAAAACCCCAAAUUGCAACAUUUUAAAGUAUGUGAGACUCUUGAUUUGAUUGGUAAUGAAUUAAUUUCCCCAAGCUGAGUCUGUUUUGUCCAUGACAGUAACUAGUGACUAAACUCUCUCCAUCCUUAAUCUCGACCCAUGAGUCUUUCCUUUUAUUUUCUCUCCAUUGCCUAGCUGGGCAGUGACGGAACAGCUCUGGUGAGCAUCUGACAUCCAGACUGGGUCAAUCCACCACAACUCUGGAUGUCUCUUGAGAAAAAUGUGCGUGAUUUCUAAUGCCAAUUUUGAUUUUCUAACAAUGCAACAACAGUGCUUUGGUUUAUUCUUCUUAGGUUACAGAUUUUUUUUAAUAUUCAUCAUAUGUGUUAUGGUUAUCUCUACCCUCUACAAGAGGGGAUUUUUGUUUGGGUGGUUGUUUUCAGAUAUUUGGUCUGCCACUAGUUUUAGCCUAGAGGCUGAAUGGAGCCCAUUUAAGUGCAACUAAUGCAGGUUAUUAUAUGUAAACACGAUGUCAGCGG